CUUAGCUAGGAUAAGAAGGUCCUGCUGAUUUUUGGAUUUAAAAUUAGAUGCAACCAAAAAGACUAAUAAUCUUGUCAAUGGUGCAGCAUAUGCUGAAGUAAUAUCAGAUUGAGAGAAUUGAACAAUUUUUGUUGGUCUCUGUUCAGUCUAAACCUUACUUUCUCUUAGUUCUUAAAGAAGCAGAAAUAGAGAACCAGAAUGGGAAGUGAGACAUCAAAAUCAAUUCUUAAUGCUCCUCUACUUGAAAGUAGAAAAGAAGAAGUAAAUGGGCUUAAAUUGCUUGGAGAGGAGCAUAGUACUAAUACCAUUAUCGCUAAGGAGAGUUCAGAGAUUGUUGUAGAAGUGAAGAAGCAGAUAUGGUUAGCCGGACCUCUUGUAUCAGUUAAUGUCUUACAAUACUGUUUACAAUUGAUUUCAGUGAUGUUUGUUGGCCAUCUUGGUAAACUCUCUCUUUCUGGCGCAUCAAUGGCCACUUCUCUUGCAUCAGUUACCGGCUUCAGCUUACUGAUGGGGAUGGGAAGUGCAUUAGAUACCUUAUGCGGUCAAUCAUACGGAGCGAAACAGUUUCAUAUGCUCGGGAUACAUAUGCAGAGAGCCAUGUUUGUUCUAUCACUUGUUAGUAUUCCUCUUGCUUUUGUUUGGGCAAACGUAGGACAAAUUCUCUUGGCCGUGGGACAAGAUCCGGCGAUAUCUUUCGAAGCCGGAGUUUAUGCUCGGUUCAUGAUCCCUUCCAUUUUUGCAUAUGGACUACUUCAAUGUGAAGUUAGAUUUCUGCAGACACAGAGUAUUGUCUUUCCAAUGAUGAUUAGCUCUGCAAUAACAGCUGUACUGCAUAUACUUGUGUGUUGGGUUCUGGUUUUCAAAACUGGUCUUGGUUUUAGAGGCGCUGCAAUGGCCAAUGCCAUCUCUUAUUGGAUAAAUACAUUACUACUAGCAAUUUAUAUUAAGUUCUCCAGCACCUGCAAAAGAACUUGGACCGGUUUCUCAAAGGAAGCACUUCAGGAUAUCCCCAACUUUAUGCGACUUGCUAUUCCAUCAGCUAUUAUGAUGUGCUUAGAGACAUGGUCUUUUGAAAUGAUGGUUCUGCUGUCGGGUUUGCUUCCUAAUCCAAAACUAGAAGCUUCAGUGCUAUCGAUCAGUCUUAACACCAGCGGUUGUGUUUUCAUGAUUUCAUCCGGACUAAGUGGAGCUAUAAGCACAAGGGUUUCAAAUGAAUUAGGAGCGGGUAACUUCCAAGCCGCACGUUUAGCAGUUCAAGUUGUGUUGAUCAUGACCAUCACAGAAGCAAUGGUAAUAGGCUCAGUCAUGAUUUUAAUACGCCGUCUUUGGGGAUAUGCUUAUAGCAAUGAUGAAGAGGUGGUAUCUUAUGUUGCAACCAUGGUGCCAAUAAUUGCAGUCUCUACCUUUCUCGAUGCAAUUCAAUGCGUUCUUUCAGGUACGGCCAGAGGAUGUGGUUGGCAAAAGAUUGGAGCUUCCAUAAAUCUUGGAGCUUAUUACCUUGUUGGCAUUCCUUCAGCUAUCUUAUUAGCUUUUGUACUAAAUGUGGGCGGAAAGGGACUUUGGUUUGGGAUCAUAUGUGCUUUGAUUGUACAAGUUGUAUCUCUUCUAGUUGUAGCCUGGCGUACUGAUUGGGAGCAACAAGCAAAACAGGCAACAAGCAGAGUUUACGAAGCUACAAUUCCAGCAUAUAUGGUGUCAUAAAGUAUCUGCAUUAUAACACUUAUCCAAAAAUAGGGUAUGAGAAUAUGAGUGGUUCUCUCGAAAGACUAAUUACCGUGGCCAGCUUGAUAUGCAGGGAAUAUUUUGCUGCUGCACAAAUUUGCAGCUGACUGAAUUUUCCUUGUUGCUUGUAUACCUUUUUUUCGAAAUCAAGAAAAGCUCGUGUAUCAUCAUCAAAAGAAAUAUAAAAAAGAUCGAGUAAUUAUU